UGAUCAUAUCCGCCCCCGAACUUUAUUCAAGCUCUCAUGAAGCUCUCAGCACUCUUGUUCGUCCUCGCCUCUGCUUGUACCGUGUUGGCUACACCCAUGGUGAGUCUAUCUGGUUGUAUGGGAAUUUUAUUAUUCGGUGCUAAUCUGUCCUCCGCACAGCCGGUGGAAACUGGUUUGGUAGCAAGAAAUCCAUUGCCUACUCCUCCAGACUGGAAGCGAGCUCCCCAGCCAACUGCAGACUGGAAACGGGAGGUGGAACAUCAUCAUCUUGCCCGACAAACUCCUCCAGACUGGUAAACACUCAAUACCACAGUGAUGAACGGGCAAGACCUUGUAUACAUCUACCCAAUUCAUCACUCUCCUUUGUUUUCCCGUAUUCAAUUU